CAAAGAGACUACAAGCGCUCACUGAGCUCACUAGCUUUAUAUAGGGCUAAAUUUAGGGACGAGUAGUGCGUGUUUCCUCCGCUUCUUACAAUUGGUCCAGCUUUUUAGCUACAAUAUUUAUAAGGUAUAGGAACUCCUACCAAUCAAACUUGCACAUGACUCUGAAAAACUAUUUCAAGUGAGAAGUAGUGGUUUGCUACUACAAAUAGUUUCUCUUGUGGACUCUACUUAGAUUUUGCUGAUAUUCUUAGACAGAAAUAAGUUUUUUUAUUAUUAAAGGAAAAAACUUAUUUUGCCAUUACAUCGUAUGGAAAUGGCCUUAACCGGGACCUUACCAUCCAUCUCUACAUUUGCAAACCAAAGGGAAAAUAGAUGGAAAGGCGAAAUGGACAGGUCUGUGCAUUCCAGCUGUGCGGUGCCUGAAGACAUGGACAACUGUAUGGACCGAAAAGACGAUGAGGAGCUCGAUAAGUUCCUGGAUUUGGAGUUUAUUCUCUCUAACACCACUAGCACAGACAACAAUCAAACCUCCGGGACAGGAGAGUACAGGCUAGCGGAGCAGAGCAACAUGUAUCACCCCGGGAUGCAAUCUACCUACGUAGUUCCCGAGAUGAGCAGCCCACCUCCGCCCUACAACAGCCUAAUGGCAGAGCUCUUGCGCACGGAGCUUGACAGUAGUUUCUGCCACCAGCUCUCUGGUAACAGCAUCCAUGGGAGAUUUCUUGUCAGUUCAUCAGCUUUCCCGCAUCAGGACUUUCCAGACAACAUUAAGGUCGAGCCAUCCAUGGACAGUUACGGACCCGUUAUGGGAAUGGUCCCGCAGAGCUGCCCAAAAAUCAAGCAGGAGGGGAACGUUUCGUGCAUGAUGUCCUUCGAGCAGCCGAGACUAGCCAACUCUCCGCGGGCUGCGGGGAACAUGACACCGCCUCUUAGCCCAGACGACCUGAUGAGCUCUGAGUGUCAGCCCCAGAUGUGCCACUCUAUGACUUUCUCCCAGAGUUACCGCUCCGCGGCGGGCUACUCUCACUCUCACCCGCCCCCACCCCCACAGAUGCAGCUUCCAUACCAGGGCGCACACCAGUUCGGAAUGUACGAAGACGGAAUGGGUAUGCAGCCCACCAACCAGAGAGUGCUGCUUACUCCACCGUCCUCUCCGCUGGAGAUGAUGGACUCAAAGCCAAAAAGGGGUCGUCGCUCUUGGCCAAGAAAGCGCACAGCGAGUCACACUUGCACUUUCGCUGGAUGCGGGAAAACCUACACCAAGAGCUCACAUUUGAAAGCUCACCACAGAACGCACACCGGGGAGAAACCUUAUCAUUGCAGUUGGGAAGGUUGUGGCUGGAAGUUCGCCCGCUCAGACGAGCUGACGCGCCAUUUCCGUAAGCACACUGGCCACAGGCCAUUCCAGUGCCACCUGUGCGAGCGCGCCUUCUCCAGGUCCGACCACCUCGCGCUGCACAUGAAACGACACAUGUGAGAAGAAAUCACAUACGGUUGGGAACUAUGCCAAAUGAACUAAGAUCAACUUCAACAAAUGUUUUUGUCUGAAAAGAAAAACAGCAUGAGAACAUAAAACACGGUCAAACAUAGAAUCGAAUUCUAUACACAAAUACUAUUUUUGAAAUAUGUAGCUGGUACUACUUUGUAAUUUUAUAUCGAAUAAUAUUUGUAAAAGAUCUUUAAAAGUACAUUGAACGGUGUUGGCAUUUGUGAAUUCAAGUCAACAUAGAAGGCUGGCCCUAAGUACACCUGUGACUCAACUGGAAUCUGACAAUAACAUUGUUAUUAACAAGAUGUGUUUUGAUAGUCAAGAUAGUGCCUUCCAUUAUAUACAUCUUACGAGUGCCAUAUUUUUUACUGGCAAAAACGUUUAUGUAUGUGUUGUAUAUGUAUGCACAUGAAAUAAGCUUUAAGACAAUGUUUUGAUCUAAAACUGCCUUUCAGUCUUCAGAGGCUUGAAUUGAAUGUUCUGUGUGUGCAUUUAUAUGUUAAAUAACAUUUGAAGUCAGGGUCUUUAAAAAUAGUGUCCAUCUCAACAUGACAAAGGGCUAAAUGUCUUGUGACUUAAGACUGUUCUGUAAAGGUUUUCUGAGUAAAUGUAUUAUUUCCCUGUAAAUAUCUUUUUAUAUAAUGUAAAUAGUUUAUUUUAAUGUACAUAUUAAACUAAUUGAACAACUUAA